AAACGACUUGUCAUGUUAACAUCUUCAUUCUAAGAAAAAAAAAAAUCAAUAAUUCUGUUGUUGGAAAAAGAAGGAAAGUAAAAAACAGAAAUGAAUACUGGAACGAUUAUUUAGGUGAUAAGAGUUGACUAAAAGUCUUGACAGGUGGAGGGUCCGUAAUCUCUCAUUCUCCAUAUAUAUGGGAUCAUGAGUUCCUCCUCGUUAUCUCAGAAUCUCUCAAAGCCAAAUUAAACACAUCUUAUAUAUUUCUCAGAGAAGAUGUCUUGCUGUGGAGGAAACUGUAGCUGCGGAUCCGACUGCAAGUGCGAUGGCUGCAAAGGUUGCAAAAUGUACCCAGACUUGGGCUUCUCCGGCGAGACUACCACCACCGAGACUCUUAUCCUCGGCCUUGCUCCGUCGAUGAACUCUCAGUACGAGGCAUCCGGCGAGACUUUCGUCGCCGAGAAUGAUGGUUGCAAGUGCGGAUCUGACUGCAAGUGUGACAACCCUUGCACCUGUAAAUGAACAACGCCAUAAACCCUAAGUGUCUGCAGUAAAACCUAAUGUUAUGUUAUGUCUGGUUAUAUGUAAUAAUGGCUGGUUUUGCUGGUUGUUUGGCCAGCGAUGUAAGUCCUGUUGUCUUUCGUCUUCUUUUGUGUGUUCUUAUGGUUUGGUCAUAAGAUAUAUCUCUGCAUGCAUGUCUUAUGGGGGUUUGUUGUAAUUGAAGUUUCAGUCACAACUUUUUAAAGGUUGCUUAUUUCUUUCUAGCUCAGUAGACAAUCAAGAUCAAC